ACCGCCCGCGGCUGACAGUGCCCUCGGCAUCUCUGGCUAAUAACCCCCCCGUAUCCACACAGUACAUGGUGUACCGCAUGCCGGAUGGUUCCACUCACGCGGUUGACACUGCCCAGCAACACAGCAAGAGUUGAUAAUGAGCCAACAAGCACACCAGCAUGAUCAGCUGCACACAAUCAACGAGGACGAGGACGAGCCCUAUAGCAGCAUGGAGAAGAGGAAAUGGACGAGGACCAGUACAUUAACCAUGAAUAUGGACAAGAUCAGAACCAGGAUCAGGGCCAGACUCAAGAGGAGCAUGAGCAGGAUCAAGAUGCGGGCGAGGACGAAGAGGAUGACGAUGAUGAUUCCACAAGCGUCGAGGCAAACUUCCACAUUAGCCCCUCUGUUGCAGCUGCUUCUACAGGCGACCAGUCGACCCCCAACAGCGAAGCCACCAACUCCAACAGCGCCAGCAGCACGGGAGGUCGCCGGCCGUCGACACAGUCGCUGCAAUCGCGCGAUACCCCCGAUCUCCGCGUCGAGAUUCCACAAAAGCAGCAGUCCCGGUCGCGCACCGAUCCAGGCAACGCAUCCACAUUGCUUCGGCGACCCGCCUCUAGCACCGGCCGACAUAACGGGACAACUGCACCGGACGCCCCAAGCAUCCGCACGGGAAUGCCAACAACUGACGCGGCACACAAGAGCGGCGUGCGCGGGCGGCGGUUCCCGCUUGCAGUCAACACUACGGCGCGGACAGCGGCUAUCUCCAACGAGCCCGGCCCGCAAACCGCAAUGCUCAUCGAGUAUGUCCAGAGCCUACCAUCGCCGUCAUCGUUCCAGCCUAUUGUUUACCAGCAGAAUGAAAACUAUAGCCCGAUGGAAUUUGGAACAACGCCGAUUGUCGGCCCUCAGCAGACUAGCGCCUUCCAGUGGCCGCUGCCGCCGUCAUCGGGUAAUAAUGUUGCCACGGCUGCGAGCAGAAGCUCGGCGGCUGCAGCACCCCACCAGCCCUCGCCGCUCAAGCGCGAUGUCACAAAGGAUUCAACUGCGUCGACGCCUUCAGAACAGAACGAGACCAGUUCGCCUAAUAAGCGGCUUCGAACACAGCUGUGAUUCAGUGUAGUAUAUGCCAGUUUUUUCAAUUAAUAAAAAUGUCUUUUUCCCGGUUUAUAA